AUGAGUGACAGCUCUGACUCGGAGUUCUCAGUGGAUGACACUCUGGCCCAGACCCAGCAUGUUGGACAGGAGGAGGAGGAAGGGGACUCGAUGGGAGAGGAUGCCCCUAUGGAGGAUGUUGGGGAAGCUGAUGUUAAGAGUGAUGAUGAUAAAGAUGCCAGUGAUGACGACUCGGACUUGUUCGGCUCUGAUACGAGCUCGUCUCAGUCUGGAAGCGAAGCUGGUGGUGACGAAGCUAAAGAUGAUGAGUUGUUCGAGGAGAAGGUCGCAAUGGAAGAGGAUGCGGAUCUAGA